AUGCCAAGAGAAGCCCCGUCAAGAGGAGGUCUAGGCGGGAGAGGACAACAGAGAGGUGCCUCACAAGGAGGCUUGGCAUCAGCUCCCCGUAUUUCCUGCGAAUAUUGUAGGAAGCCAAAUCACACAAAGAAAAAUUGUUGGAGGAAAGAAAGAAAAUGCUUGUACUGUGGAAGUGCCGAUCAUCAGAUUGCUAAUUGUCCAGUUCCAUCUCGAGAAGAGUGUGGGACCCAGCAGUCAACCAAGACAAAUCCUGGACAGUCAAAAGUAGAAGGGAAUAGACCAAAAGUGCUAGCUCGGGUGUACGCGCUAGAGCAACAUCAAGUCCCCGAUUCAUCUGAGGUCGUAGAAGAUACGAUCCCCAUAUUCCACCGUUUAGCUAAGAUUUUAAUAGAUUUUGGUGCUACCCAUUCCUUUGUCAACCCCAAUUUUAUAUGUGGAAUUGAUGUAAAGCCUGCUAGAUUGCCAUAUGACUUAGAAGUUAGUACUCCUACGGGUGACCAACGUUUGAUCACCAGUAUGGUUUAUAAGAAUUGCGAAAUUUGGGUUGUAGAGAGAAAACUAUUGAGGGAUCUAAUAAGUUUAGCCAUUAAGGGGUACGAUGUAAUCUUGGGUAUGGAUUGGUUAGUUCGAUAUGAUGUUCAACUAGAUUAUAAAAGGAAAGUGGUAGAAUUUUGCAUACCUGGGGAGGCGACCUUAAGGCUAGAUGUAAGGGGUAGAUUAGUCUCAACUACACUAAUUUCGGAGAUUCGAGUUAGAAAAUUGUUGAGUAAAGGAGCGCAGGAUUUUCUAGCUUUUGUAAUAAAUACUCCAACCGAUAAGUUGGAGGUAGAAAAUGCACCGGUGGUAAAGGAAUAUCCAGAUAUGUUCCCUGAUGAAUUAGUGACUUUACCUCCGAAAAAAGAGAUAGAAAUUAAGUUUGACUUGUUACCGAGGACAUCAGCUAUCUCUAAAACUCCAUAUUGGAUGGCACCUACUGAACUUAAGGAAUUGAAGUUGCAGUUGCAAGAUUUAUUGUAA